AGUGCGCUCGGGCGGCGCUGCCCCGCUGACAGCAGCCGGGAGGGGCGGGGGCUGAUGGCGGCCGGGGCCGGGGGCAGGAAGCCCGGCGCCCCGCGGGACGCGGAGUCCGAGGUCUGGUCCCGCCGCGUCCGGGACCUGGUGGGCUCCGGGCCCGGCAACCGCCUCUGCUUCGAGUGCGGCCAGCGCGGCGUCACCUACGUGGACAUCACGCUGGGCAGCUUCGUGUGCACGGGCUGCUCGGGGGCGCUCCGGGGCCUGAACCCCCCGCACCGCGUCAAAUCCAUUUCCAUGACCACCUUCACCGAGUCCGAAGUGCUGUUCCUGCAGUCCCGCGGCAACGAGGCCUGCCGGAAGGUUUGGCUGGGCUCCUUCGAUCCGCGCACGUCGCUGCUCCCGGACUCCAGGGACCCACAGAAAGUGAAGGAGUUCUUGCAGGAGAAAUAUGAGAAGAAGCGAUGGUAUGUCUCGCCGGAUCAAGCCAAGGGCGCUGCCUCCCUGGCCGGCCAGAACUCCACCCCAGAGGUGAAGCCGCAGCAGACCCUUCUAGGGGACUCGGGAGCACUGCUCACAGCUGCCGGAUCCAGCCGGACCUUGGGCCAGCCCCGCCUGCCGCAGCAGCGCACCCCCCAGCCGGCCAAGAAAGCCAGCACGGACCUCCUGGCGGAUAUAGGAGGGGACCCUUUCGCUGCGCCCCAGCCGGCCCCCGCCUUCGCCAUGUUCCCUGCCUUCCCGGGUAAGUAUGGGGGGCAGGGGAGCCACAGGACCAGCUGCUCCCUGCCCGCGGCAGCCGUACAGCGCCAAUGUGAACAGCUGAGCAAGAGUGGCGCCCCCCUGUUAUGACACUGGAUAGUACAGGCUGGGAGCUGGCUGACCAUAGAGCACUGGUUAGAGAGACCCCCCCCGUGUGGUGACACUGGGUAGAACAGGCUGGGAG